GUCGGUUCUCUAAACCUCCUUGCGGUCUGUUCUGUUCUUACGAUCUCGCGAUAGCCUCACCUCAGUGGCGGCUGUGUGGCCCCCUGUCUUAGUCCGGACGGAGUUGUUUCUGACGUUUGAAUGAAAUACAGUGCAAAUUACCUCCACGUUGGACCCAGGAAAUAAUGGCUUCAGCCUUGGAGCAGUUUGUGAACAAUGUGCGGCAGCUCUCCGCUCAAGGCCAGAUGACUCAGCUAUGUGAGUUGAUCAACAAGAGUGGGGAGCUGCUGGCCAAAAAUCUGUCCCACCUGGACACGGUGCUGGGGGCCCUGGACAUCCAGGAGCACUCCCUAGGUGUGCUGGCUGUGCUAUUUGUGAAGUUCUCCAUGCCAAACAUCCCUGACUUUGAGACGCUCUUCUCCCAAGUCCAGCUCUUCAUCAGUACCUGCAAUGGGGAGCACAUUAGAUAUGCAACAGACACUUUUGCUGGUCUCUGCCACCAGUUGACAAACGCACUUGUAGAGCGGAAACAGCCAUUGAGGGGUGUCGUGGUCCUAAAACAGGCAAUAGACAAAAUGCAGAUGAACACAAACCAACUUACCUCAGUUCACGCAGACCUGUGUCAGCUGUGUUUGUUAGCAAAGUGCUUCAAGCCAGCCCUGCCCUUUUUGGAGGUGGACAUGAUGGACAUCUGCAAGGAGAACGGAGCCUACGACGCAAAGCACUUUUUAUGUUACUACUACUAUGGUGGGAUGAUCUACACGGGCCUCAAAAAUUUUGAAAGAGCACUGUAUUUUUAUGAACAGGCAAUAACCACUCCAGCCAUGGCAGUGAGCCACAUCAUGUUGGAAGCCUAUAAAAAAUACAUCCUGGUGUCACUCAUUCUCCACGGCAAAGUGCAGCAGCUGCCCAAAUACACCUCACAAAUAGUAGGGAGGUUCAUCAAGCCCCUGAGCAACGCAUACCACGAGUUGGCUCAGGUUUACACCACCAACAACCCGGCCGAGCUGCGCAGCCUGGUCAACAAACACAGCGAGACUUUCACACGAGACAACAACACGGGGCUGGUCAAACAGUGCCUCUCCUCUCUCUACAAGAAGAAUAUCCAGAGGCUAACAAAGACCUUCCUGACGCUGUCUUUGCAAGACAUGGCGAGUCGAGUGCAGCUUUCAGGCCCGCAGGAAGCAGAGAAAUACGUCUUACACAUGAUUGAAGAUGGUGAGAUCUAUGCUAGCAUUAACCAAAAAGAUGGUAUGGUCUGCUUCCAUGACAACCCUGAAAAAUACAACAACCCAGCAAUGCUCCACAAAAUUGACCAAGAGAUGUUGAAAUGUAUACAGCUGGAUGAGAAACUAAAGUCUAUGGAUCAGGAAAUCACAGUAAACCCACAAUUUGUGCAGAAGAGUAUGGGAUCGCAGGAGGAUGAUGUCGGUAGCAAAACGUCUAGUUAUUCCUGAGGGGCCUUGGAUGGGGAGAGAACGCUGCAGCCACCCCAACACGUUCUUCCCAGGAUGAGUUGGAUUUUUUUAAAAGAGGAAAAACAAACAUUCUAUCUCACAUAAGGACAUUGGUCAAGGAAAAUCUAAUUGUGUGGAAUGAUGAUAAAUUUGGUUAUUCUUACUUCACAGUGUCUUAAGGAUAACAAAAGAUCCUUACAGAAAAAGGAGAAAAAAAGAAAAAAAAUUACAAUUUUGUCAGUGUUUUAUUUAUCAAUGUUCAGGUUGAAGCGCCACUGCUACAUUAACAGAAAUCACAAUAAUAAAAACUGGACUUAUUUGUUCCAAACGUAUGUGAAAAAUCUCACUGUUUGUUUUGGUUCUGCUGCAUGAUGGCCGUGACUUUGAGGGCAUUACGUACGAGGUCAAACAUCUAAAAUUGAAGAAUGAA